GAAAAAUCGGGCAAGGCCUUACAGAGAUUACACAACACAGAUAGAUUACACACUGAGAAACACAGAGAGAGAAUGGUAGCUGAGGCCUUGCCCAAGUGCCCUGAAGCUCCACUUGUACUUGGACUCCAACCCGCAGCUCUUAUCGAUAACGUCGCUCCCGUCGAUUGGUCUUUACUCGAUCAAAUUCCCGGUGAUCGCGGUGGCUCCAUUGCCGUGCAAAAGGAUGAGUUAGAGCACAUACUAAAAGAGCUUGAUACACAUAUCAGUGUGGCUCCAUUAAAGAAGAUGGCUGGAGGAAGUGUCACCAAUACGGUCCGAGGCUUGAGUGUUGGGUUCGGUGUAGCUACUGGGAUUAUCGGGGCUUAUGGAGACGAUGAACAAGGCCAAUUGUUUGUGACCAAUAUGGGUUUCAGUGGUGUGAGUAUCUCUAGGCUCAGGAAGAAGAAAGGUUCCACUGCUCAGUGUGUUUGCUUGGUUGAUGACUCUGGUAAUCGAACAAUGCGACCAUGUCUCUCGAGUGCUGUGAAGAUUCAGGCAGAUGAAUUAAGCAAAGAAGAUUUCACAGGCUCUAAGUGGUUGGUCCUAAGAUAUGCUGUUCUUAAUUUAGAAGUAAUUCAAGCAGCCAUUCGAUUUGCCAAGCAAGAAGGUCUCUCUGUUUCGAUGGAUUUAGCUAGUUUUGAGAUGGUCCGGAAUUCUAGAUCAGAGCUUCGACAGCUUUUGGAGUCUGGUAACAUAGAUCUUUGCUUUGCUAAUGAGGACGAAGCAGCAGAGCUCCUGAGGGGUGAGCAAGAAGCGGGUCCGGAGGCAGCUCUUGAUUUCCUAGGCAGACAUUGCAGAUGGGCUGUGGUAACUUUGGGGCCUAAAGGGUGCAUUGCAAAACAUGAUAAAGAGGUGGUACAAAUACCAGCCAUAGGAGAGACAGUAGCAACUGAUGCCACAGGAGCGGGUGACCUAUUCGCAAGCGGGUUUCUGUACGGAUUAAUAAAGGGAUUGUCUUUGGAAGAAUGUUGCAAAGUGGGAUCAUGCAGUGGUGGAUCUGUCAUCCGUGCUCUUGGAGGAGAAGUAACCCAAGAAAACUGGCAAUGGAUGCACAAACAGUUGCAGUUGAAGGACUUACCUGUUCCUGACAUCCACAACUGAUGAUCACCAGCAGAUUGCAGAAUUUCAAUCAAUUGCGUUGAAGGGCCAUUCUGAUUCAAGCAGCUCUUAGCAUUAUGUUGUUCACAGAGAAUCUCAACAGCAUUUACUUAAAGCAAGUGCACUGUAUCGUAUUGAGGUCUCAGUUUAAUUCAAUACACAUUGUGUUGUUUUCAAAUUAUUUUGUGAAAAAUAAAAUGCGUUUGUCAGG